UUCUCGAAGUAUUAAAGAUAUAUAAGACAACACAAGAGUAACUGUGAUAAACUAGAAAAUUGUGGAGCCAUGGCGGUCAUUGAGACUCUCGACCUAGAGAUCCAAGUGAACAUGCCGGCCGAUAGAUUUUUCAACAGUUUCAAGAAUAAAGAAGGAAGUUUCACAGACAAGACAGAAGCAGUUUCCAUUCAUCAUGACGAUACCAACUCCAACUCCUCGAUUCAAAUCUGGAAUCUCAUCGUAGAUGGAAAGAUGGAGCAGAUUAAGGAGAAGACAGAGGUUGAUGAAGAGAACAUGUCGGUUUCUUUCUUAGCUAUGGAAGGAGAUGUGUUAGAGCAGUACAAGAGCUACAAGAUAACACUUGACGUUGUUCCUAAAGAUGAUGGAGUUUGUAUUGCCAAGUGGAAAUGGGAAUACGAGAAGCUAAACGACGGCGUUCCUCCUCCUACCAAAUAUGUUGCCUUCGUUGCAGAUUACACGCGUGACCUCGAGACUAGGUUGUUGUCUGAAUCAUAAACAUCUCACCAACGUCGUCUUCGAGUUUGCUUGUUAAAAUAAAAUAAAAUCUUCUUAUCCAAGGAUCUUUGUUUUGGUGCCUCUUGGGACUUGUUUACAGUUUUUAAUAAUGUAUGACCUUAUCAUACUUGAAAUAAAAUCUGAUUAAAAUCUUG